AUGCCGCCCCCCACUGGUUCGGUAUCGUAUAGUUUGUAUCAGGGCAGCGGUAUCAAUACUGCGACGGAUUUAGCAAGCUCUGCAUUACCUACGCAGCUUAUAUUCGAUACCAGGGCCGGUGGACCACCUGUUGGAAUUGGGACCACAGGGAAUGCAGCGACAAUGAGCGUGUCCCCCAUAUUCGUUGGAACAGCAGACGUUGCUAAAUCUGUCAUUACCAUCUCGGCCUCGUCGAUUGCUCCGAUCCAGACUGCUGUCACCGAAGGGCCCAUAAAAAUGCCUCUGCCAUCACUCGCAAUUGUGCUGAUAGCCGCUGGUGUUGUCGCCUUUCUGCUCAUUACGACGCUUUUCCUCAUUGUAUGGUGCCGCAAGCGAUCAUAUAGGCGAGGUCUCCAUCGCCGUGCCCAGUCAGAAGAGUUUGGCAACGCCCCACCCGCCGGCGGGGUGAUACGCAAACUCGGACCCGCAUUCGAAAAAUCCGCAUCCGCCGCCGAUCCGUUCUCAGAUAUUCACGCAUCAGAGCCCCCGACCGAUACCGAUCCAUUCGCAGACCCCGAGAAACCUACUCAUGGGCACACACGGACAGGGUCGGAUUCAUUCCUGAGCAUGAGGCCACCUAGGGCCCCAUAUACACAUCAACCAUCUGCCUCGACAGGUUCGACAGAGUCCAGCCGAGUGAGGAAGCGUGAGAUGGAGGAGGCCAGGCGGAAGGAUAUGGCUGCGCUCAAUAAUCUUGUACGCGCACUAGACCAGAAGGAGCGCCAGGCUCAGGCGGAAGGACGUGACCGAAGAAGUUUGCCCCCCGUCGAGCUGUUCAAGGCCGCGCUAGUACGAUGA